AUGAUAUCAAUGAUCAUAUUUGUAAAGAAAACAACAUCAGAUGAGAAUAUAACAAGAGCAAUUGCGCAAUUUGAUGAUGAGAUUGAUGAAACUGCACCCAAAGUUUUGUCCAGAAAGAAAAGAUUUUUGAUUUUUCCCGAUGGCAGCUCAUUUCAAAUAGUUUUCUGCACCCAAAACCACGGAUAUCUUCAAAUUGGUAACAUAGUAUGGUUUGGCACUACUGCCGCUUUGGCCUGGGAACUGCCAACCGAUCCUGGUGCCUUUGAUAUAAUCAAAAAUAGCUAUAGGGUCUUCGAAGGGAAGAGACGGAGCGAUAUUUUGUACUAUGUUGAUGAAGAUGGAAAGGUCGUUGAUAAAAUUGAGUAUAAAAGGCUGGGUUGGAAUGGUAAAGAGUGCAUCUUGAAAAUGCUGUGCUUGACCGCCAAAGAGCAAACCAAACAGAAGUCGUUUGUGGGAGAGAUUCUACGGGCUGUGUUUACAUUACCAGCAGGCCCCGGGACGGCGUCUCAACUUCAUAAGCAAUACGACGACGCCCGAGGGGACUAUGGGAACUGUAGUGAACGGUACCCGAAAUGUGGACACGUUGGAACAGUGUAG